AUGACGGAACGAGGCACGCCAUGCAAGAACUCGAUCAAAGUUGAAGACACCAAGAUAGGGCAUCACAAGUUGACCACUCUCGCCAGAGAGCCGUUUGACCUGUCAAAUUUGCAAUCGAAGCUCUGUGAUGUUGCCAAAGAAUUCCUCUGCGCGAGAUGGCAUCGACAACGACAGGCCGAGCAACUUGGUCAGCAGUGGUAUGAAGCAGCCCUCCGCAACCAGGCGCGAGUACCACAUGGCUCCAGAAUGGCCUCUCCAUCAGUUAUUGUACAUCAGGGCCAGCGUCAGACAUCAUCAGCCUCCAGGCGACGCCCUGCAGCAUCAGACAACACUGACCGGUCACCUCCUCACGGGCUCAGACAAGACCCGCCGGUUCCACCGUCAGACAGCUCUGAGCCAGUGCAGUCAAACAACUCCUUUGUCACUGCUGCAAUGCUGCGAACGAACAAUGUUCCGUGGCAAGUUUCGCCGGCUCGACCAGCUAUUUUGUUAUCGGCCACUAAUCUCCUGGCUGGCUUCCAGAACUUGACGCUCCAGAGUCUCAGUACGAGUGAGGAGGUCGACGACAUCCACUGUGUGUUUUGCCUGGCCGAGGAUGGAGACCAUGCAAACGAGUGCGUGAUAUUGCGUUGUGGUCAGUGCCGAGCGCUCUCUCAUCUAUCCUGCGCGGAAGAAUGGUUGGAAAAGCGAGAUACAGGGUUUGGCACGUCAUGCUGUGUGUGUCGAAACGAAGGAGCCCUAGACGCCAUCAUUCGCCCCUUACGAAUCCCCUCGUCGGAUGCCGAGACACAUUCCGUCCACACGGCAAGCGAUCCAUCUCCCACUGGUGGGCCCCGUCGCUCAGCCAGACUAGCAGGAACUCAUCUACCGCGACAACCUUCCACCGCUGCACCGCUUCGCCGAUCGGCACGACUCAAUUCCACUCAGCAUAGGUGA